AUGGGUGAAGCAACAGAUCUCGAUGGCGACACAAACAUGGAGGCCAUCUCUCCAACGACCCGGACUUUACCUCUGAAAGCGCCUUCGCUUGAGCGCAUCGACAGUCUCGCAUCUAUGGAAUCGCGCGUGGAUCCUGAUGCCCAGACCACUGUGACAGACUUUCUCGAUUUCACCGAUUAUCUACCUUCCGACAUUGUGCGAUCCCUCACCCUUAUCGGCCAGCUCGACCAAACCUAUGCAAAUGCUUCCCACAAGAUUCACGAUUUGACAGCAAUAUGGGGCCGACUACCAACACUUCCCCAAGAGGAGCGCCCGGCGCCGGUUCAACUGAGGGCAGACAUCUCUGAACAGCUGGAGCAAGCCAUCAACUCACGCACAUUCGCCCAUGCUGAAGCUAUCAGAAUGUCUGAGAACAUAAAUCGACACUACGCCAAGGCCAAAAUUUUACUCUCCAAACUACGCAAGAUGAGAGACAACUACCCAACAGAAGAACCCAAGAGUCCUAUUCAGUCGAAAUCGCCACAAUUAGCAAGGAGCAAGGCCCCAAAUAAAGCUGCUGGUGAUGGCCAGAAGCCUCGGCGUCCACAAGUUCCUAGGAUUAUUGUACCCGGCGAGAUACAGGCGCCGUACGAUCUUGACUAUGACUCUUACACCGAUGAAAGCGAAGUAAGCUCAGACGAAGACUCUGAUACGCCCGCGCCAAAUCGAAGAACGCCUGCUCCUGGGGCGCGGAUCAAGGUCGUUACUACUAAACCACCCAAGACGCCAAACCGGCUUGCUCGUCCAGUCACAUAUGCUACGCCAGCUCUGAGCCAAGCGGCUGCUGCUAACAACGCCGCUCUACUUCAGCCUCCGCCUGAAGAUGCCGUUGUGGGCAGUCCUGAUGCCCCAUGGCUACAGCUCACCCAAUAUGAAUUGGCCAAGUUGCGGAAACGUAUGAAGAAGAAUGCAACAUGGACUCCCAGCGAGACCAUGAUCGCUCGCGAGCUCAAAGCUCUAGGACGUGGUCCUGAUGCAUAUCAUGAGGCCAAAAAAAAGGCCGAAGAUGAAGGAGAGUCCUUCGAACCCCCAGUCCCCAAGCCGGUUAUAGACUCCGAAUCUGGGGAGAAACAACUUCCGGCCGGCGCUAUGAGUGUCGAGGUACUCGAGGCUGAAGAGGUCCCGACGAUCAACAGGGGCAUGAAACUGAACGAGGCCAAGAAAUUAAAGAGGGAUAAUCUCGCAAAGAUGGCAGUAGAGGAAGCAGAGGAAUCUGCGAGGAAGAUGAAUGAGGCUGCAAAGGCGCUUCUCAGGGAUGGAAACAAUAACAACAGCAACAACAAUGGAAGCCAAGCAACUCCAAAAACGCCAACAUCUGAGACCCCCAAAGAGACUCCAAAGCCUGCAAAAACCCGAGCUGCAUCGCGGUCGACCAAGCGAAAAAGGGAGCCAGAGCCGGGGGAACCCAACAACAGCAACGAGAGUGCUGAAAAGACGGAAAGCCAGUCUUUACAGCCUCAUGCCAAGCGAGCCAAAACCGAGACGCCAGUCCCGCCGCCUCCCCAGCUGACUUUGAAUAAGGGCCCAAGUCCUGAGCAGGCAUUAUCCGCGCCUACAGCGCCUGGCGGUCUGGCUGCGGUGCAACACACACAAACCCCCGUUCCCAUACCUAUCCCUGGUAGGACCACAAGAGGGUCGGUAAAGUCUCCAACAACCGCUACCGCGUCGGCUACAGGACCUUCAAAACCCCCUCAACAGACUCCAGUUCCUCUACCGUUGACAGAAACUAGAAAGUCUGUGACUCCUGUGCUACCUCCAGUGAGAGAGAAUAGUAAAAGAGAGACCCGAGGUGAGGCAGCAAAGCGAACACAGCAGGCACAACAGCAAGCAGAACUACCGCCGCCUCAAGUGAUCCCGCCAAUUCCGGAGAUAUCUGAAGAGGAGCCUCUCAAAACUGAGCAGAACUCAUCCCCGGCGCCUCAGCUCCAACAUGUACAAAUUGCCCUUGCCCCCCCAAC